AUGGACCCAAAGAGUUUUAGAAUCUCUUUGAUAGCAGUUUUCAUUUUUACUCUUGUGAUUCUCUACAGUUUCAAUGCGACUCCUAUCAACCUUCCAACUCAAUCAUCUUCAAAUGUUGUGGUGACAAGAGAUUCUCUGAAUCCCAAAGAGUUUCCAAACUAUAAAAUAGAUGGGAUGGAUCGAUUUGAAUGGUACACGAAGAAGUGGAAAGAAGAGUUGAAGAACGAAAAACCUCCAGAAGUUGAAGAGGUGACUCUUUUGAGAGCAUAUGAAUUUGAUGUUGAGUAUUCAAUCUCAAUCACUACGCCGAACAAAUAUAAAGCAAUUGUGUAUUGUCGAUAUUUUGGCAAAAAUGGAACAGAAAUGCUGCCAGCAUUUCAAUCAUACAACUUCCCAGAAUUUGUAGUGAACUGCCAAAAACGAAAAGGAACACAUCGGUUAUCCGUUAGUACUCAAGCCAAUAACAGCUACACCUAUCCAAUAGAACUAAUUGAUCGAACACAAAAAGUAUACGAUCAUGAAUUUUCCUUCUGUAUGUCCAAUAUCUAUGGAAAAGAACCAAAAUGGCUUCAACUUUCAGAAAUUAUUGAACACUACAAGCUGCAGGGAAUGACUCAUUUCUACUUCUAUGUAUUCCACAUCGAUGAGUACAGUAACGCUCUUCUACAGGAUUACGUCAGAACUGGAGAAGCUACAGUAACACAUUUUCUGGAAAGGAAUGAUCGAGAACUCCUUCACUGGCAAAUCGUCGCAUUCAGGGAUUGUACGCUGAGAACUCGACAUGUUUCGAAAUGGAGUCUCUUUUCUGAUAUUGAUGAAAGACUGCUAAUGACAAAGUAUCCAGGAACGAUUCUUGAUUAUUUGAGAGAAGUGAAAGAUGAUAGUGUUGCUGGAAUUCAGUUUAGGCAGCAAUGGAUUAUGAAAACUGAGUUUUUGCCUGAAAAAUAUGAAGGAGACAAACAGGUAAAAAUUUGUAUUUUUUCGAAAAGAAACUUUAAAGUUUUCCGAUUGAUGAAUGGUCUCCGACUCUUCGUUGGCACAAUUCUUCCGCUAUCGGACCACCAGGACACACUGUCAAAUGCAUUACCAUCAAUGAUGUAUCCUGGAUAUCAUAUUCACGAAUUAAAGCCAGAGGAAGGCCUCGUUCGACACUACAGAGAUCUUCAAAUGUGGAAUUGGGGAAAGACAUGGUUGAAGGAAAUUGUUGCAAUGGGGCCAAUGAGUAUGACUGAUUAUCCGGCAAAAUAUCAGAAAAAUCUAACGGAUGCAGUGAAAACACGAACGAAAUAUGUGUAUGAAAACUAUCAUCCAAGGGAGGAAUAA